GGGAUGAUCAAAGAUACGCAAUGUUGCUUCUGCGAUGAAUUAGGCCUGCUUGAAGCUGCCUGCCUCAUCAUGCUCAACAGCAGGUGAUAAUGCACAAGACCAGCAUAGAGACUUGCGAGCAAAGUUUUACCAUGACUGGAGCACCAGUGACUACGCUGGAGUCACGGAAGCCAGGACAAAAUGAGUACGUGGUGAGGUGGCAGCUGUUGAACUAUGGCAUUCAACAAGAUUUGGUGUAUUGUAGCCCUGGGAUUUCUACUGCCUUUUUCUUAUGCCCAUACAGACUUCUUCACUUCCAUUGGUCAUAUGACAGACUUAAUUAAUACAGAAAAAGACCUGGUGAUAUCACUGAAAGAUUAUAUCAAGGCAGAGGAGAGCAAGCUGGAGCAGAUCAAAAAAUGGGCAGAGAAAUUAGAUCAGCUGACAGACACUGCUACAAAAGACCCAGAGGGAUUUUUGGGACAUCCUGUAAAUGCAUUCAAGUUGAUGAAACGGCUGAACACAGAGUGGGGUGAGCUGGAGAACCUGGUUCUGAAGGACAUGUCAGAUGGCUUUAUCUCGAACAUGACUAUUCAGCGCCAGUUUUUCCCAAAUGAUGAAGAUCAGACUGGUGCUGCAAAAGCUCUCCUGAGGCUUCAGGACACAUAUAAUUUGGAUACAGACACCCUCUCAAGAGGCAAUCUGCCAGGUGUAAAGCAUAAAUCCUUUUUAACAGCUGAAGAUUGCUUUGAGCUGGGAAAGAUUGCCUAUACUGAGGCUGACUACUACCAUACUGAGCUCUGGAUGGAACAAGCUCUGAAACAGCUGGAUGAGGGAGAAGUUUCUUCUGUGGAUAAAGUUUACAUUCUGGACUAUCUGAGUUACGCGGUUUAUCAGCAGGGGGAUCUGAGCAAAGCAAUGAUGCUCACCAAACGCCUUCUUGAACUGGAUCCUGAACAUCAAAGAGCAAAUGGGAACAUGAAAUACUUCGAGUAUAUCAUGGCUAAAGAAAAAGAAGCAAAUAAAUCUAGUACAGAGUCAGAAGACCAGGCAGAGAAGGAAACUGAGGUUAAGAAAAAGGAUUACCUGCCUGAGAGAAGGAAGUACGAAAUGCUCUGCCGUGGGGAGGGUCUCAAAAUGACCCCACGGAGGCAAAAGAGACUCUUCUGCCGCUACUACGAUGGAAACAGAAAUCCUAGGUACAUUCUGGGUCCUGUCAAGCAGGAAGAUGAGUGGGACAAGCCUCGAAUCGUUCGUUUCCUUGACAUCAUCUCCGAUGAAGAGAUCGAAACUGUGAAAGAACUAGCAAAACCAAGGCUGAGCCGGGCUACUGUGCAUGACCCUGAGACUGGGAAACUGACCACAGCACAUUACAGAGUCUCUAAGAGUGCUUGGUUGUCUGGAUAUGAAAGCCCCGUGGUGUCUCGCAUUAACACAAGGAUACAGGACCUAACAGGACUUGAUGUCUCCACCGCCGAGGAACUACAGGUAGCCAACUACGGCGUAGGAGGCCAGUAUGAGCCUCAUUUUGAUUUUGGAAGGGUAAGUCCUGUUUUCUGUCUCGAUCUCUUUCUUCUUCACAAGCAAUGUGUUUCUCUUUUUCAGGUGGCAAAUUAUGGAGUGGGAGGACAGUAUGAACCCCACUUUGACUUUGCACGGAAAGAUGAGCCAGAUGCUUUUAAGGAACUGGGAACAGGCAACAGAAUUGCUACUUGGUUGUUUUAUAUGAGUGAUGUGUCAGCAGGGGGAGCUACCGUCUUUCCUGAAGUAGGAGCUAGUGUUUGGCCUAAAAAGGGCACGGCCGUAUUCUGGUACAACCUCUUUCCAAGUGGGGAAGGCGACUACAGCACACGGCAUGCAGCCUGCCCAGUACUAGUUGGAAACAAAUGGGUAUCCAAUAAAUGGCUCCACGAACGGGGACAGGAAUUCCGAAGGCCGUGCGCUUUAUCAGAACUGGAAUGACGCAGACUCUGCCUGUUCCUCUUCUGUAUUCAAUUUGUGUACAAUGCACAGAUUUCCUACAGUUUACAAUUGACUAACACUCCACUACAGGUUCAGUCUCCAACUACACCAGUGUUUCAUCUGUGGACAAAACAAACAUGCUUUUAGUUCCCUCUGAAAUAUCCCGUUAUGGUUUUAUACACAGAAUAUAUUGAUUUAAAAGUCCUAUGGGUGUUACAGGAAAAAAAAGGACAAAAUGCAGAUCAGAGCCUCAGCUAGCCACAGUGCUGCGUGUGGUGUGCCCUUCACCAUUAGCCUCGCUCAUCAGCACGGGAAGCCAGUGGUUGUCUGUCUGUCUGAGUCCUCGCAAAUGUCAGUCUGCUAAUGGUGGAAUAAACGCUGACCGGAUGAUGUAAUGGGAGGACUCUUUUCUAGGAAGGCCGCAUUAAACCAGUUCACAUUCCUCAAUUUCAAACCAUUGGACUCCUUGCUCUUGUAGAGUGCCUGACCACUACUGUUAAACUGCGGGCAUGCUGUGUGUUUCUCUGGGGAACAGGUUGUUAUUGUCUGUUUUAGCCUGGUUUUCCACUUCUACAAUAGCCCAAAUUUGUGAACCGUCUUCCUUUCUGUGCCUCUGGUGAAUUUGGCUCUUAACCUUGAAAACGUGAGCCAGCUGUUCCACGUGCACAGAUGAGAUGAUGCUUUAGCAGUGUUGUGUCAAAUGCUCACCUGCAUCAGAGCAGCCUGGCAACUACAGCCCGUCUUCCCUCUGCUUCUUUUCCUUCAGUAAGUUUGUCCACAUAACAAGCAACAAAUGCUGCUUUUAUUGUGUUUCAGUAACAAACUACAUCUGUUCUUGGGCAGUGGGGAUGGGAAUGUUGCCAUCUUCAUUAAUCAAAGUAAUUGCGCCUUGGGAUACUGGAAUUUCAAAUUGGUUUUGUGACUUCGGGUGGUUAGGUAAUGAGAGCAGUCACCGUAGAGAGCUCUUACUCCUGCAAAGCCAACUCUGUCCUCUCAGUUCCUGAGUGGUUUGAGAGAGAUAGAUGGCCUAUUUAUAAUCCUAAAUCUUUUUAUAGAUGCUUUUUAUUUUGCUUUUGUUUCUUCUGUUGUGGAUGCUGAAUGCCUGCCGUAGCAGUGUCACGCCUUUAAUCACAGGGCGACUCUUUGCACGGGAUGCUAGAGAAGGUACCUGCUCUUGAUAGCUUGGUGUCGCUCCCCUGGUGCAGGCUGCCUCCGCUGCAGCAAAGCGCUCGGUGCUGCCUCCCCCUCCUCUCAGCUGCUGCCGGGGCUCGUGAGCGAGGAAGCACAGGGAAGCGAGUCUCCCUCGGAGGCUCUGGUGCUGCGUCCUUCACUGCUCCGCUCCCCACCAGCCAGGGUCGAAGUCUUUCUGUUUCGUGGCCAGCGUGCAGAAAAACAGGCCCUGAGUCACUGGUGCCCGCGCUGGGAGAACCGGCUUGUCAGUGACUUUCAGGUACCAUAGUUGCGACGAGUCAUCCUUACACUGAGAUGAAGUUGAAACCUCUGAGGGAGAGGAGACCGCGGCGGCUGUAGCUGUUCCGCUGUUCGCAUCCCUGCAGGAGAAAUAACUGCCGUCCCCGCGACCUCCCAGCACAGGAAUUGCUAAGCGGAGCGGGGGCAGAGGUUGCAGGGAGUCUCGCUUUCCUAAGCUGUUUUUCAACAGCAAUAUUUACAGCAAAACAUUUAAACACUCCACUAGCAUAAGGACAAGAAUCAAAGUGAGCUGCACCAGACUCUGUUUUAAAACUGAUUUUCUGGAUGAUGAUGAUUUUACUGGUAGGGGUCAAGCCUGAAGUCUUUACCAAGGAAAAAAUUCCAAUUUUAGUUAAUUGUAUUUUCUGCCUCAGUAAACCCUGAAAAUUGAGCCAAAGGGUAGAAUAACCCAACUACGUGUUAGAAAUACCUCUGGAGCAAUGAGUAUACAGUUUAAGGUACAAAAUAGUUUGAGGAACAGCAUGCUUUCAGAAGGCAUAUUUGCAAAAGACACUUAAAAUCUUUGCUGGAAAAUGCAUCAUUAGAUUUCUAAACCUAUUUCUAAAUCAGUGGGGCCUACGGAACUGUUCAGCUGUAGCCCUGCACCUUCUUGUGUUUUGCCAGUGACUUUUCAAAGAUUUUAAACAAAGUCUAUCCAGCACUUAAGAAAACAGAUAAAAACCAUGAAAAAUAAAAUUCCCCCUCACUGCUCUACCUCUCAUUUCAUCAAAAUUGCUAGUACAAUAGAGCAGUGUCUGAAACAGAUUCACCAAAGUGAUCAGAGCGUAUUUUUUGUUUGCUAGAUUGUAACUAUUAAAAAGUGUAACUUAUUUCUACUUACCUGUUUUCUCCCUUCUACCCAGUGUCAGUAGAUUCAUCUCCAUUCCUAUGUGUAGUUUUCUCUUUCCUGUUUUGUUGGCUCUUUUAAAAAAUGUAUUUUUGGUAACUAUGGCUGCAGGUUUCCUGCAAGAAAAAGAAUACAAUGGAUAAUGCAGUGUUAGGAGUAUUAUUCUGAGGCAUUAACUUUCUCUCACUAGCUCACAGGCAUUUAUAAAUGCUUGUCUAAAAGCCAGUCUUGAACAAGAAAUCAGUGUAUUAUCACCAUGAACACUUUCAGUAACAGCAUCUACUUUUGCUGUUACAGAAAAGCUCUUUUUCUAAAGUGAGCAGAGGAGUCCCUUGACCCAUUAAAAUAAUUAAAAGCUAAAAACUGCGCAAUCUAAGUAAGUUAAAAGACAAAUAUUGGAGGAAGGGUGCCAGUGACUGCUUUAGGUGCUGUCACAUUGGAAGAAAACACUACGGUCUCUUAUGUGUCGCAUUAAAAAAGGAAGAGUUGGAGAGAUGAGAAAUUACCAUUUGGUAAUACCAAGCAAUGACUUCCCAUCCCUGUUCAAGCAACACCAAAAGAGGAGCAGCAAGCAUGAAAGUCUUGUUUUGCAGUGUCUGACCUGGGGAGUUCGCUAACCACUUUACCUCCCUCAUCUCACCUGCUGCUGAGUAUUUCUAGUACGAAUAGGAUUUUAAGAAUGGUCUAUUAAGAGGCAUUGUUCAGGCAGUUAAAAAUGUUCAGCGCGUGACUUUUCAAAGCAGUGAACUACUCAACGACUUGCAGUUCUUCAGAGAUCAGAAAUGGUUUGUGUCUUCUGCCAGUGGAAAAUUCUGCUUGGUUUAAAAAAAAACCCUAGAUGCACAAAUUCAAGUCUGCUGAGGCAAACUAGACUGAAACCUUCCACUAGACUGAAGCCUUCCAACGCAGAUUAUUACAAGAGAAAGAGUAAGCUCUUUUUUUUCUUUUCUUUUUUUUUUAAAAAAGAUAGUAGACAAUCCAUAUUUCAUCUUUGCCCAUUGCAAUAGUGUUCAUACACCUAAUACUAAAUAUGUAAAUGGUAACACAGGCGGUAUUGCUGCUUUCUGCCUUACCCUUUCUUUCAUUUCUCAAAGGGCUUUUGGAUCAAGAGUUUGGCUCCUGUGUGAAUCUAGUUUUGUAUUAAAGAUGAUUAAAAACUGUUUGGCUCACAGUGACUGACAACUGCAAAACUGCCUUACUGUUAAUUUUUUUUUUGUAAUAAAAGUUUUUAAUGUUAAAAAAAAGGCUUAAAAUAAAAGCCACUGCCAUUAGCAGUGAAAAAAUCCUCCACAUCAAA